AUCACAGGACCACAGAAAAUAGUUUCAGCUGAGCAUACUAGCUAACACCAAGUCCAUUACCAGCGAUCCGAAAGAAGACAAGAAGGCUCUGACCUGCCGGCGAUGGAGAGGGUGACAAAGCUGUCGUCCGAGAAAGCGGUGGUGAUCUUCACCACGAGCAACUGCCCGAUGAGCCACUCGGUGACAAGCCUCUUCUCGAGCCUCGGCGUGGGCGCCGCGGUCCACGAGCUGGACAAGGACCCACGCGGCCGCGACAUGGAGCGCGACCUCGCCAGACGCCUUGGGCGUACGCCGCCCGUCCCGGCAGUCUUCAUCGGCGGCAAGCUCGUCGGCUCCACCGACAGGGUCAUGUCCUUGCAUCUCAGCGGGAAGCUCGUGGUCAUGCUCAAGGCCGCAGGAGCCAUGUGGCUCUGACCGUGGGUGCAACAUCAGUUCAUCCCAGCUUUGGCAAUUUUCGCACCUCGCCAUGGAAGCAUGUAUCCGCCUCGCUUAACACAAGUAGGGAAAAUUUUGCUUGUACUGGUUAUUGGGCUGGUCGCCACAUGAGCAUAGCGUAGUUCCUCUUUCCAAGAUGACGGGAACACAAGAAGUUUUGUUUAGUCGUUGGCGAGACAACAGUGUGAGUCUAUGGAAUAACGCAUA